GACACCUGUCAUUUUCCAUCUAAACAAUAAAAAAAAUUCACGUGUAUAACAUGAUUCCUAGAAAAUUAUCCGUGCUUUUGAAACCGUACUUCCAACAGACUAGGAAAUUGAAAAGCGUCAACAUCCCCUUCCAUCAUGUGCCCGUGGUGAUAGAACAAUCGGGAAGGGGUGAACGAGCCUACGACAUCUACUCCAGAUUAUUGAAAGAACGUAUUAUUUGCUUAAUGGGACCGAUAAACGAUGUAACAAGUUCAUUGAUUAUUGCCCAGCUUCUGUUCCUCCAAGCCGAAUCAACGACUAGACCGAUACACAUGUACAUUAACUCUCCCGGUGGUGUAAUAACAGCGGGGUUGGGUAUUUAUGACACCAUGCAGUAUAUCCUACCUCCAGUGUCCACGUGGGCUGUUGGUCAGGCUUGCAGUAUGGGGUCCCUUCUUCUUGCAGCUGGAACAAAAGGGAUGAGGAACGCCUUGCCCAACGCCAGAAUAAUGAUCCACCAGCCAUCUGGAGGCGUAACAGGCCAGGCCACAGACAUCAAGAUUCAGGCGGAGGAAAUACUGAAGCUCAAGAAGCAAAUCAACCACUUGUAUUGCACACACACGGGGAUGACCCUAGCCAAAGUGGAACAAAGUUUGGAACGUGACAAUUUCAUGACCCCAGCCGAAGCCUUGGAAUUCGGACUGAUUGAUAAAGUGUUGACCUGUGCCCCCAAACCACACGAAACCGAAUUCGAAAACGUCGUGCACACCCCACAGCCCAAAAUAAUGAAGCCACCAACCGAUCACAAAGUGGUGCAACAACACUACGACGAUACGUGUAAAAUGGUUUACUGAAAUUGUUAUUUAUUUGAUGUAAUAAACUGCUAGUGCAUCUCAA